AUGUCCUCCCUACCCACACAUGGGUCGUUAGAUGGAGCCGAUUCACCAGCAGUGAGGAUAGACCCGUUCCAGGGUGGCGUGGUGUCGCAGUCUGGUGGAGCUAUGGAGGAGGACAGCCUGGAGAACGAGAUGUGUUUAGCCUGGGCAGUAGCAAUCGUGGUUGUAGAAAAUGACAACAGCAAUAGCUUUGCUGCCCUCGGUCGUCCUUUCACCAUGGGGAUGCUCUACGAUGCUCGCAAAGAUGAGCUGAUUCCAGGUCUGACACUGUGGCAUAGUAAAGAUCUUGAGGAGAAUAUGGUUGAAACUCCUCACCCCACCAGUUCCUUUGAAGUCUCUGCCUCUGACUCAAUCGAGUCCAAGUCCUCUCUGAUGGAUAUCAAUGCCUCUCUGAAGGCCAGCUUUUUGGGUGGAUUGGUUAGUGUUGAAGGGUCUGCCCAGUAUCUAAACGAUACAAAGAAAUUCAAGAAUCAGAGCCGAGUGACCUGUCAGUACAAUGUUACCACCUGCUUCAAACAGCUGUCUCUGGCUGACUUGGGGACCCUGAAUGCAGAGCAGAUAGAACUUAUUCAGAAGGGCUUUGCAACACACGUCGUAACAGGCAUCCUCUACGGGGCGAAUGCUUUCUUCGUGUUUGACAGUGAGAAGCUUGACAGCAGCACCAAACAGGAGAUCCAGGGCAAGAUGGAAGCUGUGAUAAAGAAGAUACCCUCUUUCGAGGUUGGGGGGAAGGUUGACAUCACACUGACUGAUGAAGAAAAGAAACUGACUGAUACGUUCUCCUGCAAAUUCUAUGGAGACCUGGUUCUUGAACGCAACCCUACAACAUUUGUAGAGGCAGUGAAUACAUACGCAGAACUUCCAAAGCUGAUAGGACCAAACGGAAAGAACUGUGUUCCUCAGAGGGUCUGGCUGUUGCCACUGAAGAAUCUGGAGUCCAGUGCUGUCCAGCUGCAGUGUGAGAUCAGUCAGGAACUCUUGAGGGAGAUGCAGGAUGCCCUGGAAGAUUUGACACAAGUAGGAAUGAGGGUUAAUGAGGCUCUGGAUGAUGAAGAUGUGAAGCGCUUCCCACCAAUUCAAGAGAAGUUACACCGUUUCCAAAAACUGAGUGACUUGUAUGCGUCUAACAUCAAGAGGAUGGUUGCAGAGAAACUGCCCCUCAUACGUGGAGGUGAAGAAGAUGAGAAAUCAAUAAAGCAAAUGUUUGAAGACAGAGCAAAGUCCCCCUUCAGUCAUGAACGUCUCAGCAAGUGGAUGGACGGUAAAGAGAGAGAAAUCAAUGUCAUCAAGUCCUGCUUGGCCCUAAUGAAGGGAGCCAAACCAGAGAUCCAAGUCGUCCCAAAUCAAUCUGCUGUAGAAAGAGCGGUUAUCAAGGCUGGUAGUCAGGAGGCCCUGUGUUAUGUUUUCACAUCCCUGCACAGCCCUGACCCUGGCCUUGAAGCAAUGACCGACUUCUUGGAUUCAGCUGAAAAAGAAAAUGCAGAAGAGGACCCCUGGUACUAUUCAGAAACAGUUGUUAGAAGGAUGAGGAGUAUGGCCAGGUUUUUUAAGAGUGUGCAGUUUCCUCACAACUUCAGCAUCCUUCUGAUAACAGCUAUAGCAGAUGAGAACCACAAAGGAGCAACCAUCUACAGGCUCGAAGCAGGCAUCCUGAAACCAGAGCCUGAAAAGCUUGAUUUGGCUUACGUAAAGAACAGAGGAGACUUCGCCAUGUACUUCACUGAUCUCACCCUGGACCCGGACACAGCAAACCAGAAUCUCACUGUGGUUCAGGAGGAGGGAUGCUGGUUUGCUGUAUAUGGACCAGCUCAAUUGUAUCGUGACCUGCCUCAGAGAUUCGAUGUUCUUCCGCAGAUUUUGUGUAAGGAGGGGCUGAUCGGGUGCUGUUACUGGGAGGUGUUAAUGGGCUUUGGUAGUGAAAACACUUCAGUUGGUGUUUGCUACAAAGGGAUGCCCAGGAAAGGGGAGGAUGAUGCCAAGCUCGGUGCGAAUGCCAUGUCCUGGUGUUUGGGAUGGAAGACCACUGAAUCAGGAUUUGAAGUCACUGCAUGCCACAAUAAGGAGCAGAAACAGAUCAAUCCUUCUGUCUCUCCUGUCUCUGUGAUCAGUGUGGUGGGAGUGUAUCUUGACUUCGCUGCUGGCACUCUGUCAUUUUAUGAGAAGACAGUCUCAGGAGUCUAUCACCUGCACACCUUUAGUGCCACUUUCUCAGAGGAAGUUUAUCCUGCCUUUUUUAUUGGGGAAGGCUGUCAAGUAGCAGUAAACUACUUUGGCGUUUUGAGAUGA